AUGGCGGAGAUAGAGCGAGGAGAUUCGAAUCGGAUUGAUACUAGGUUUCUCGAAUUAGCGUGAGACAGCCGUUAGAAACGUUUCACCGUGAACUCGUUAAUCUUGUCGCGGGCCGCGAUUACCGAUGCUUAAUUAACCGUUGCUACAUGGAAAACACACGUUCCCCUGGUGAACGAUCGGCUGGCUCUCCGCUCGAGUAAUGUAAUGUAAUCCAAGCCGCUGUUCCCUCUAUCUGCAGACACAUACCAAAGGCGAAGGCCACCACGAUGGCGGAAACGCUGGAGCUGAAGCGUAUCGCGGAGAACACGAAGAUCCAGAGUAACGUGAAGUAUCACGCCGAAUUCGAGAAGGCGAAAGGCAAGUUCACCCAGGUGGCCGACGAUCCGGAAACGCUGAGAAUCAAGCAGAACAGCAAGAUCAUCUCGAACGUGGCUUAUCACGGCGAGCUGCAGAAGAAGGCCAUCAUGGAGCAGAAAAGGACGAUGACCGGGGAAAAUGGGGAACAGAUUGAGUACGUAGAGUACACGGACGGUCCGAUCGCGCCUACAUCGGGCGUGAACGCGAAUCCACCGGCCGCUAGAACAGCGAGCUCGCAGGUGCAAAGGACACCAGGUAGGAUCGCCGAUUACGAUCCCCCCCUUAGCGAGGUGAGACCGAGCCCCUAUUCCGCCAGGCAAGCCGGGGCAACCACUGUGAUUUAUACGAGCGACAAGGGACCAGUUACGAAUCCACCGGCCAGGAAGAUUGGUUCGGUAGCCGAUAUAGACCCCGUGAACGAAUACUACGGGUCGUUGACGCCAGCAACGAAUAACAAUCACGUACCACAGCACAUGCAGUCUCCACCAGCCACCACCAAUGUUGGGAGAGUGUACAGAGCGAUGUACGACUACCAAGCGCAGGAUCUGGACGAGGUGAGCUUCUGCGACGGCGACCUGAUCGUCAAUUGCACGGCCAUCGACGAGGGUUGGAUGACGGGGCUGGUGCAGCGCACGGGACGGCACGGCAUGCUACCCGCGAACUACGUGGAACCAGUGCAAAUCUAA